AAAGCUUUUUGUGUUUUGUCAUCCAUCAUCACUUAGAUUUCUUCUCUUCUAGUUCUCCUUGGAUGAGCCCACCACUACUCGCUCUUCACCACCACCAAUGACUCUCCAACAGCAACAAUCCCACCAACGCCACUCCGCCUGCGACCGCCACCCCACUACCAAGCCCAUCACUGGGUUUUGUGCCACCUGUCUCUGCGAACGUCUCUCCAGCAUGGAUUCCUCCGCCAGCGCCACUCCCACCUCCUCUGCAACUCCUCGCCUCCGCCGUACCAAAUCUUUCUGCUCCUCCGACCCAAAUGUAACCUCUGCCUUCGCCUCGGCCUCAUCAGCCUCUGAGCCCCGCCGCAAAUCCUGCGACGUUGAGCCGCGCAGUACUCUCUCCAACCUGUUCAAUAUAGACGACCAAUUAAAAAACAAGCAAAUCUACGGCCCCACUCGCGCCAGACCCACGUUAAAAGAAGAGGAGGAGGAGAUUAAAGUUUGUGAUGCGUUGUUUGAAGAUGAAAAUGAAGGCGAGUUUAAGUCAAUGAAGGAGUUCAUAGAUCUCGAGUUUGAACGCAAGAGGAGUCACGUGAAUGGUUUUUGGGAGACGGCUUCAUUAUUUAGCAAGAAGUUAUUAAAAUGGAAGCUGAAACAACUGCAACGAAGGAAUAAGAAACAGAGCACUGAAGAAGAUGAUAAUAAUAAUAAUAAUAAUAAGGGCAGUGAGAGGCCAACAACAGAGACGGAGAUUCAGUCCGACAUUGGGUUGUACGGAUAUUUCGGAAGAAGAUCUUGCGACAUUGAUCCGAGAUUAUCGUUUGAUAAUAAUGUGAGGCACUCGUUUGAGGAGCCCAGAGCUUCUUGGGAUGGUCAUUUGAUAGGAAAAGCUUAUCCGAAAUUGAUAACGCCAAUGGCGGUUGUUGAAGAGAAGGGUAGUUCGGGGAAGGAGGGAGAUAAGGAUAGUCCGGGUGGAUCUGAGCAGACGAGAGAUUAUUAUGGAGAGUCUUUGAAUAUACAUAGGCGAAGGAAGAGUCUUGAUAGAUGUAAUUCGGGUAAAAGAGCGAGCUUUGUUGAUGUUGAUGAGGUUAAAUCAAUAUCAAAUGCUAAGGUCUCUCCUGAAACUGUUGGUUUGUUUCAUGGGGCCAAGUUGUUGGUUACGGAGAAAGAGCUUAGGGAUUCGAAUUGGUAUUCGAUUAAAGAUUACCGCGCAGAUUGUGUUGAAUCUGAUUCGAAGAAUGUUGGUUUUGUGGAUGGAGGGGGUAGUCAAAAGGGGUUUAAUUAUAAGAAGUCGUUGAGUCGGCGCAAUGUGUGGAAUAUGUGGGGUUUAAUACAGAAGAGAAGUGAAAGUAAAUGUGGAGAUGAAGGGAUUGUGCAUCGUGUGGUUGAUGGAGCAUUAGCUGAGUCAUGGCAAAAGAUUAAAAGAGAGGCGAAUGGAAAACCAAAUGAGACUGUUAGAGAGAAGCUUAUUCGGACUUAUAGUGUUAGUGCUAGGAACUCUUUGCAAGUGGAUGGCAUUGAUGUCGAAGCUAAAGAUAAUGGUGGGAGGAGAAGAGAUGAGAUUCUGCUGCAGAGGAACCGGAGUAGUGCCUUUUCUCCUAACAACCUUGAUAAUGGCUUAUUAAGAUUCUACUUGACACCAGCGAGGAGUUACAGGAGAAGCAAAUCUGGAAGAAAUAAGGCAAAGACUUCGCAAUCUGUGACCUUGAAUGGCUUGUAAAGGAUGCAAAUAGGCAUCUCGUGGUAUUAGUAGUGGUGCUGCAGGUUGGCCUUAUUAUGGAAAGUAGUAAAACAUUACUGUCAAGCUUGAAUGCAUAGCAAACCAUUGUUUUUGAUGCAACCCUGUAUCUCAACAUGACAACAGAACUACAUUUCCAGAAUGUGAUUGUUAUUGUAAGGGUUUCAUAAAGAAUCUGCUUGUUUCAUUGAUGAUUUGAGAUAGUGAGUGUCUCAUCACUUUGUUUUCAGAAGUUGCAGAAUCUGUACCAAGCAAUCCUUAUCUCUUUCCAGACCAACUACUUAAAGUUCUUUAUAGAAGGAUGCUUGUAGAGUGUAGUUUAAAUUGUGUUGUAGUUAUUGUAUGGAGCACUAU